GCAAUGAUCCGAGUCGGUUUGUGGGGGCGAGAGAAGGUAGAGAAAUCGAGAAAAGAAAGAAAAGCCAUUACAGCCAGAGAAUACCCAAAACUAAAGAGAAACCAAAGAAAAUUAUCUCUCUCUCUUUUCCUCUUUUUUUUUUUUUUUUUUUUUUGGCUUCUGUUUGUGCCUUCCAGUUCUUAUCCCACCUCUUCUUUCUCUAACCCAUCAUCAAUUUUUCUAUCUCUUUCCAUUUUUCUUCAACCUCUCUACAAAGGGUACUUGUUCUUUGAUUCUUUAGUUUCUUCUUCUUCUUCUUCUUCUUAUUGUACAUGAAAUUAUUGAUUUUGGUUUAGGCUUUGUUUUGCUGAUUUAGUUGCUGGGUUCUGUGUGGGUUUUCUUUUCCACUUUCCUCUUUCUUCUUUAAUAUAUUUCUUCCCAUCAUGAGGAGAGGAAGAGGAGCCGCCGUCGCAGCUAAACAAGAAGCAGCACAGCCUAACGGAUCUGCACCAGCACCACAAAAUACCCCAAACGGAAAAGAACCCAGAUACAGAGGAGUCCGUAAGAGACCAUGGGGAAGAUUCGCCGCAGAGAUCAGAGAUCCAUGGAAAAAAACCAGAGUCUGGCUUGGCACCUUUGAUUCCGCAGAAGACGCUGCCCGUGCUUACGACACCGCCGCCCGUACCCUACGUGGACCAAAGGCUAAAACCAAUUUUCCAAUCAACGCCUCACAGUUAUCUCCUUUUGCGUACCAAAACCCACCUGACCCUUUUGUCGAUUAUCAUCAUCGAGUUUUCACAACAAAUAAUGGCUAUGAAUCACAUCCUGUAAAUCCCCAGAGACCCACCUCAAGCAGCUUGAGUAGUACUGUCGAGUCAUUCAGCGGUCCCAGGCCGCCACCUACUACGGUGGGAAGUCAGAAAAGACACCACCCUCGGACUCCGCCGGUGGUGCCGGAAGAUUGCCAUAGCGAUUGUGAUUCGUCAUCUUCUGUGGUUGAUGAUGGAGAUAUUGCAUCUUCUUCUUCUCUGUGUUACCGGAAACCUUUGCCGUUUGAUCUGAAUUUUCCACCGUUGGAUCAGGUUGACUUUGCUGGUGAUGAUCUUCAGUGCACUGCUUUAUGCCUUUGAUGAUGAUGAUGAUGAUUAUUAUUAUUAUUAUAAUGAUUAUGACGAUCAAUGAUUAUUAAAUGAAAACACAAAAAAAAAAAGUUACAUUUUUUUCU